AUGGACGUGACUUCGCUCCUCAACACAGCUGGCAGCUCGUCGAAGCCACCAAGAUCAUCUGCAUCACCAGCCAUUACGGAAAGUGGCCACACAGUACCUUCCUCAGCGCUUCCUACACCAUCGCCAGAGCGAACAUUAGGACCUGCAGACCUCGACGGAAGCCCUCGUCAAAAUCCAUCGCUCUGGGGAGCGCGGGGAUACUCGCUACAACUAGUCCUCGACGCAAAAGCACGCUCAAGCUCUGUAUUUUCGUAUCAGGCUGACGGACGCGCCGAAACGGAGAGCGAGGGCAGCCUGUACAACUGCUCAAGAAAUGACUCGGUCUGCUCUGCAGAAGUCUCCGCCUCGUCACACUCUCCCCGCAACACUCAAUCUCGCACUUUAUUGUCGUUUAUUUCUCCGGAGCAAAGUGACGGCGAGCAUGGGGGAAUGGAAGCAAGGAACUCGGGUCUGGCCAGCCGCAGCAGCCAGUCUGCACAUGUCUCAACACCACACUCGAGAAUAUCUUCAUGCACGACUAUCGGCGCCUUGCAAUCCGGAAAAGACGCCACUUUACAAAACCGGGGAACUUCGCUCGACCGCAUGGCAAGUCAUAGAGACUCGCAAACCACGUCGCAAGCAGACGAAGGAUCCCUAUCAUUACACUCCAACGGCAGCAAGAUGCAUAAGCGAACUAUGUCAGCGCCGGAUAUCGCUCAAUGCUCCGUGGCCAGAAUGCCGCGCCACUCCGCGCAGCCCAUUAUCUCAGAAAGUACAUGCUCACGACCCGGUGAUGAGCAGUCCGCUGAGGAGUCCCGUCGCAGUUCUGCGGCGACAGAAACCAGCGCCUCGAUGAAGCAGGACCAAGAAGCCUACUGCAUGUUCGUCAAGGACUGCGACACGGGCUCGCAGCUCCGCAAGGCUAUCUCGCACCUCUUUGGACGCAACAAGGCGUGCACACUGCGCAUCCCCAAACACGUGUGGGUGUACUACUGCCGCAAGCAUUACCAGCGCAUCCGGUACCGCAACGCCAAGACGUAUCCCCUCAACCAGAUGGAGCUCGUCAAGCUGCAGAUUAUGCGUCUGCAGGCGUGGAGCGAGGAGAACAGAAAGCAAAACAAUGGCGCCUACAUUCGUAUGUGGACGCUAUCGCUGCGGAAGCGCGAGCAGAGCCGCAUCGAAAACGGCGGCGGCGGAGGCAGCGUCACCGAGGACUCGUCGGCUGUCCACGACGCCCGCACCAUGGCCGGCACGGCGGUGCCCGAGUGGCUCAUCCAGCGCGUCGCUUCGGGGUACACGACCGAGGCCAUCCUCGACGUGGCGGAGCGCCUCCACAAGGAGAUCAAGGACGGCCACCUCGCGCAGGUGCCCGAGAUUGAGUUCCUCCCCGAUAUCGUCGAGGCUGAUUCCGGCACCGGCUCCAAGGCGUCCCGCAACGGCCGCCGUCAGAGCCGCGUGCCCAGCACCAGCGGCAUUAAGACGCCGAAGCGCAAGGCGCCCGAGGCGCUCGACUUUGGCCGACGCGACUCUGUCUAUUCGGACGGCCGCGGCGCCAGCAAAGACUAUCCUCACCCGCCACAGCACCACUACCACCACCACCACGGCCACUACCCUCCUCCUCCUCCGGGCGAGGAGAGCUACAACGUGGUCAGCCCCUCGGGCAAGCGCGCACGUCUCGUCCGCGGUCCCCCAUCCUACGGCCCUCCCGCUACCGGGCAUUCCGCGCAGCUGCCUCCACUGGCGUCGGCGCUGUCGUACGGCGAGAUGCAGCCGCCGCCGCAGGCCACCGCGCGCGCGCCCAACGUUGUCGUGCCGAGGAUCCAGCCGCCCGCGUACCGCCGCGGCAGCCACAGCUACGGCACAGCAUCACCGCCCGACUCGUACUACCCGGGCCAGUCCCUCCCGGGAGGCGGGGGGCCGCCGCGCUGGGACGGCGGCUACGAGUCGUCGCCACACUCAGCGCGCAGCGACGGUGCCUAUGCCCUCAGCACCGGCGACUUUCGACACGCUGGCCCGCCUGCUCCGCAUCACGGCCAGCAGCAGCCCCUGCCGCCCAUCAGCGCCCAGCUGGACAGCCGCUUCCCGCGCGCUGGCCCCCACGCCGGCCGCCCACACCACUGGCGCUCCGCCAGCGCGUACGUCCCUGGUGACCACCGCGCGCCGCCCAUGCCUGGUGCGCGUCCGCUGAGCUCUGGCCACGAUGCACCGCAUCACGCGCCGCCACCACCGGGCUACGGCCGCGAGUACGAGCAGGGGCCGCCCCCGCAGCUGCAGCACUACGGGCCGGAGCAGCACGACCAGUAUGCGUACGCGUGGCCGCGCGGGCACCACGGCAGCCAGCCGCCGCCGCAUGCGCCUCGGCACGCGGGUCCUCCUGGUCCGCACGCGGAGGAAGCAUGGAGUCGCGAGGGGCGAGUCGUUUACGGCGGACGCCCGUAA